AUCAUUGGCUGCUUCCGAUGACAUGUCUUCGCACUUGUCCACAGACAUUUCCCAACAGCUCAGUGUUUUUAUUGGUGUGUCGACAGUAAGUUUGAUGGGUCGAACCAAACACGAAUCAUCAAUUCACACAAUCAUCCGUUUUUAUUGUGAUUUUGGAAGCAUUUCACGUGCGUGCGUGGCUAAAGAUGGAUGAUUUGCAGAACUACUUGGCCAGGAUCCGCGUGCCUAGCAGCUACGACAAUAUUUUCAAGGAUGAGUGCGUCUAUUCCUUUGACACCCCGGAGAGCGAGACGGGUCUAUAUGUGUGCCUCAACACGUUUCUGGGCUUCGGGAAGGACUACGUGAUGGGCUACUAUGAGAAGACGAAGAAUGCCGUCUUCCUGCACAUCCGGCGCCUGAAGACUGAGAUUCCGCCCGAGAGUGGCGGCGUCGAGGGCCCGGAGAAGAAGAUCACACGCCUGGCCAUUGGGAUUGAGGGCGGAUUCGAUCCCAGCGCCGGCAAGAAGUACAAUUACGAGGAUGUGUACAAUGUGGUGUUGCUGCCGAGCUUCCAGACGGUCGCGUACAGCAGUAAACUGCCGCAGCCCGUGGUGAACUCCGUGGCGGCCAUCCUGGCGGCGGACUCAGCCAUGAAGAAGGCGGAGAAGAGCUCUCUCACCGGCACAUGGGACGGCGAGGUGCGUCACGUGUCGGCGUGCGCCAAGAACCUCCUGCAGCUGGACAAUGGGCGGAAGAUUCCGCCCAGCGGCUGGAAGUGCGACAAGUGCGAUCUCACCACGAACCUCUGGCUCAAUCUCACGGACGGCGCGGUGCUGUGCGGCCGGCGCUUCUUCGACGGAUCGGGCGGGAAUGACCACGCAGUGCUGCACUACAAGGACACCGGCUAUCCGCUGGCCGUGAAGCUGGGCACCAUCACGUCCGAGGGCAAGGGCGACGUGUACAGCUACGAGGAGGACGACAUGGUGGAGGAUCCGUAUCUGGUGCAGCACCUGGCGCACUUCGGCAUCAAGAUUGCGCAGAUGGAGAAGACGGAGAAGUCGAUGGUGGAGCUGGAAUUGGAUCUGAACAAGCGCGUGGGCGAGUGGAGUCUCAUGUGCGAGAGUGGGAGCAAUUUGACACCCAUGUCGGGGCCGGGAUGCACGGGAAUGCAGAAUCUGGGCAAUUCCUGUUACCUCAACAGCGUCAUGCAGGUGAUUUUCACCAUUCCGGACUUCGUGGAGCGCUUCGUGACGAAUGCCGAGGGGAUUUUCGGCAAGUAUCCCAGCGAUCCGGCCGCUGACUUCAACAUUCAGAUGGCGAAGCUGGGCGUCGGACUGCUCAGCGGGAAGUACAGCGUCCCAGUUGAUGAUGGUGGCAAAACUGAGCCUGUCGGCAUUUCGCCGACGAUGUUCAAGACACUCAUCGGGAAGGAUCAUCCGGAGUUCUCGACGAAACUCCAGCAGGACGCGCAUGAGUUCUAUCUGCAUCUGGUGGCGACGCUGGAGAAGAACAGCCGCGGACAGGUGAAUCCGGCGGAGGCGCUGAAGUACUCUGUGGAGGAGCGCGUAAUGUGCUUAGCCAGUGGCAAGGUGCGCUACAGCACCCGGAACGAGUGGAGUCUUCCGCUGCAGAUUCCACUCCACCUGGCCACGAACAUCCCGGAGAUCCGGGCGUACGAGGAGAAGCUGUUUGAGGCGAAGAAGAGGGGCGAGAAAUUGGAUCCCAACGAGGCUGUUCGCCCGAAGAUAUCCUUCGUUUCGUGCCUGAAUGCCUUCACCAGUGAAGAGAUCAUCGAUCAGUUCUACAGCACGGCCAUCAAGGACAAGACGACAGCCAAGAAGAUCACCCGCCUCGCCACGAUGCCCGACUUCCUCAUGAUUCACUUCAAGAAGUUCACACUCAACGACGACUGGUCGUCACAGAAGCUUGACGUGUCCAUUGACGUGCCCGAUGAGUUGGACUUGAGCGCGCUGAGGGCGGAACCGCGUCGCGCGGGCGAAGAGCUGUUGCCAGAGAUUGCUGGCCAGCCGCCGCCGCUGCCGCCGAUGGAUGCACAGGUGCUGGAUCAGCUGGUGCAGAUGGGAUUCCCGCCGGAGGCGUGCAAGAAGGCGAUCUUCUUCACGAAGAACACGGGCGUGGAGAAUGCCACGCAGUGGAUCAUGGAGCACAUCACAGACACUGACUUCAGUGAUCCUUUCGUGCCGCCGGGAACGGAUGUCUCCAGAGCUGGUGAGGAAUUGCACGCUUCGCAGUUGUUUUCGGGUGUUUCACAGAUACUUUUCUGUCGUUUUGCAGCUUUCGUGCCCGACGCCAAUGGACUGCAGAUGCUGAUGGGCAUGGGAUUCACGGAGCGACAGGCCUCGAAGGCCCUCAAGGAGACUGGCAACAACAUUGAGAGGGCGGCCGACUGGAUAUUCUCGCACCAGAGCGAGUUGGAUGCGAUGGAGACGACCGAGGAAGCUGAAGUUCCGCGGGAUGUUCCGAUCAGGGAUGGUGGAAGCAAUUACAAGCUGGUGGCUUUCAUCUCGCACAUGGGAACGUCCGCCCAGAUGGGACACUACAUUUGCCACAUCCUGAAGGACGGCCAGUGGUUGAUAUUCAACGACAACAAAGUGGCCAUUUCGCAGAAUCCGCCCAAGGAUCUGGGCUAUCUCUACCUCUACAGGCGCGUCUAAUCAGCUUGCAUUUUCCCACAAUGAUCAAAUUAUUACUUCUUCAAUUGAAUUAUAAUUAAUCCUUGAACGAAAAAA